GCGAAUGCACGGAGCUCGCUUUCAGUGCGAGCCUUGGGCCCCUGAUGAUUCUAGUGUGCGGCUGACUGAGAGAUGAGUUCCAACAUUCCGUGUUCAGUUGUGGGAAUCCUUACGUCUGAUUUCGCGUUAUGGGCUUGUUUUCGACCUCACUUUACAUGACCGUUUUGGCGUGCUGCGUGACGUUCAAGUCAGACUUCGCUGACACUGGAGGAGUGCUGGAUCUUGUAUCGUAGCAUUCGAUCAGAAGUUUAUUAUAGUUCAAAUUCUCGAAGCUUUAAAAGAUCGUGUUUCGCCUGUUUUUCCGCAAAUUUAUCUUGAAUCGCAGCAACAGCUGUUGCAUAUCUCAAUUCGACGAGCUCGAAGAGAAGUUCCAUAAUGCAGGCCAUCUGCGGAAGCCCCUCGAUUGUGCGACCAGAUCCAGCGACUACACUCGGGCUGGAUGAAACCGAUGCUCAUUUCAAGCUGCCAACCUCAGACAGAUUGUUGAGCAGGAUUCGUUCAUCAGCUAUAAAGCCUGACAUUGGCACACCUAUGCGCGUCCCCGUAGAUUCAAACGGACAGAGGCUCUAUCCAACUCCGAGAAGCGCGCGGGCCUUGAACUUCGGAAGCUCUGAAUUGAAGUGGCAUACCAACCCCGCGUUUCAACCCCUGGAAACUGUUGAGAGUCUUCCUUGCGAACAGAGCCAGCCGCUGAAUGUCCUAGUUGAAUCCGAUGGGCUUGAGGUAUGUCCUACCCCAAAGAUCACGUCGCACAACAAACCAAGGAUGAAAUUCAACUCUGGUGCUGCGAGCUCUCCAGGGGGUCAGAACUUGCGACUCCAGAAACCUCUUCAUUUCGAACCCUUGGAAACUAUCCCAAGUCCUGCAGUUCUGAAAGAGCAGUUACAGAUAUCCAAGCGAGUACUGGGAGAUUCCAAUGGUCAAUGGUUACAAGAAUUUCCCAUUUUUACCGAGAAUGCCACUUCUUUCAAAGCGAAAACAACGGCCUCAGGCACCAGUUGCUUCGAAAGCAUGACACCGAGAAACUUGUUCAACGAAACCCCUCGUUCUAAAAGUCGGAUCAACUCUGCCAAAGCGGACAAAAAGUCAUCAUCUUUGAGAACUCAGGAGUCCCCGAUGUCUCCAGAUAGUGUAAUGCAAAGGCACGAAGGAGAGGCAGCCUUCACUUCAGAAGCUCUGGUGAACGCCCCUGAUUCCAAUAUGAGGAAGAGAGCUAGAGAUAGAGACGGCGCUGCAGAAUGCGAUGAGAACACGAGGAUCACGAGGUCUAAAGCUGAAGCAGAAAGGAUCGCUGCCUUUCUUAAGUCCCCUGCUGUCAGGGUCCGUUUGUCGGAUGGAUCUAGGCAAGAGUAUCAAGGCACACCGAGGAAAUCGACUUUGAAGCUGUUCGACAUAACUGAGAAGAAUAUGAGCAGUGCACCAGGUGGAGGGUGUGGUGAAGCUGUAGCCAUGGAGGCGGAAUCGUCUCAGACCUUUACAGAGCGUGAAAAGCUGCCAGUGGUUGCCGAGCUUCUACCGACGGUAGAAGAGCCACCUUUUCAAUUUCCACUGUUCAGUUUUGGAGUUCCGCCCAGGACCCCCUCGGUGAAAUCAACCAACAAGCAAAUUGUGAGGGAGAUUCACACACCGGCUGCUACUUCUGGAGUUUCUCGAAGGCCAUCUACCAAACAAGGUUCUGCCAAAAAGAACCUUUCCUUGUUGCUCUAGCCGGAACCGUCCUAAUCAAUAGGAGUAAUUGAGCGGGUACAGCUUCAGGCUGCACUCUGCUUUACAUAUACAUACAUACUUGGGCCCAUCUCUCUUGUUCAUGGUCAUGAACAUAUCUGAUGCCACUAGAUACAUCACCUCCAUUUAUCUUCUGAGAUUGAUCGCCACUUCCUCAGUGCCCGGUACAGAAUUCUUUAGUGAAUGUUUUCAAAUGCCCCAUGUCUCCAGUUCAGUUUUCUACAGCAUUCAGUGUACUGACCUUGUGAAGUACUUAGAAUACGACCAGAGCACCAGGCGUUAGUCUUUGAAGCUCGACAAUUCUAUGCUAAUGGUUGACUGUGGCUCGAUGAGUACGUACUGCUCUGAACGACACCCAACGUUGACGAUUCAUGCAUGGUCAAGGUUUACAAAUAAAAGUAUGAUUGUGGGUUAUUAUACACAAUUGUUGGAGUCUA